GCGGCGGCAGCGGCUCCCGGGCAGGAGCCGGGGAGCAGGUGGGGGCGGCGGCCCCGCCUCCGCGUCCCGGCAGCGCCAGAGCCGGCGGCCGCGGAGCGAGCGGGGCGCACCGAGCACAGCGCGGCCGCGGCUGGCGCCGGGAGCACGGGCGCUGCGGGACGGAGCCCAGAGGCGGCGGCGGCGGGGACGGCGCCCGGCACGACCAGCGGCAGGUCUUCAGCAGACAGCAUGAUGUCCACCCACGUUGGUCAGCGAGCUCUUUACUCGGUCUGCGGGUUCGAGUGGUGAUCUCUUUCUGAAACCCCCCCAGACACACCUACAGAGUGGAACCUGCUCCCUUGGAUCCAUUCGUAAGCAAGAGACACCAACACCGUGACUCAUGCCAGUGCCACCGCCGCCACCACCUCCUUUGCCUCCACCUCCUCCACCCCUGGGGGCUCCUCCUCCUCCCCCACCGUCUGCACCCCUGAUCAGCUCAGAUGCUGCUGGCUUGAGAAAGGCAGACCCGCGAGGUCGGAGCGCGCUGCUGGCUGACAUCCAACAAGGGACUCGCCUGCGGAAGGUCACGCAAAUCAACGACCGAAGUGCUCCACAGAUCGAGAGCCCUAAAGGAACCAACAAGGAGGGAGGAGUUGCUGCGAACUCCCGCGGCGGCAGCACACCCCCGGCUCUGGGAGACCUGUUUGCUGGGGGCUUUCCUGUGUUGCGACCGGCAGGCCAGAGGGAUGCGGCAGGUGGCAAGGCGGGGCAGGCCCCUGGCUCCCGAGCACCGUCUCCCAGGCUGCCCAUCAAAACCAUCAGCGGCCCGCUCAACCCCCCAGCCUCCCCCAGGCUCGGCAUCGCCUCUGAGGCGCAUGGCACUGCCAGGACAGUCCCUCCUCGCCCCACCGUGCCCGCCCCGCCGCCCCCCACCCCGCCCCCACCUCCCCCGCCCUUACCCCCUCCGCUGCCCCCUGCCUCCCCAGUCAAGGCCCUGCCAGUGUCCCCAGCAGGGCCGCCCCCCAAAGGGAAUGUCUCGGGGGUCGCGCCCCCGGCCCCUUGCGCGCCUCCACCCCCGCCUCCUCCCCCGCCCCCGCUACCCCCAACCUCUGGACCCAGUGACAAGACCGUGAAGCCUCAGCUAGCCCCUCUGCCCCUGCCACCCCUACCGCCCCCGCUCCCUCUCCUCCCACCUUGUGGGUAUCCGGGUCUCCACCCAGAGCCUGCCAGCCCCGCCCAGGAUGCGCGGGAACCUGCGGGGCCACCGCCCCCGCCCCCCCUGUAUGCCGUGUGCUCACCGAGGGCACCUGCACCCCCUCCGCCCCCUCUGCCAGGCGCAAAUCGCGGCAACGAAACCCCACCCCCGCUGCCCCCCAAGUCCCCCGGCUGCCCCAGCCCGUUGCCAAAGGCCGGCGCUCCUCCGGGCUCGCAGCCCUUCCUGCAGAAGAAGAGGCCCGGCCGGGGCCCAGGGGCCGGCGGGGGGAAGCUGAACCCGCCUCCGGCACCCCCUGCGAGGUCCCCCACCACGGAGCUUUCGAGCAAGAGCCAGCAGCAGGCCCCAGCCUGGACCCCGACCCCGCAGCCCGGAGGGCAGCUACGAAACGGGAGCCUGCCCGUCCUCGACGACUUCGAGUCCAAGUUCACCUUCCAUUCUGUGGAGGACUUUCCCCCUCCGGAUGAGUACAAAGCAAGCCAGAAGGUCUACCCCAGCAAGAUCCCCCGAAGCCGCACACCUGGUCCCUGGCUCCCGGCCGAGGCAGCCGCGCAGGGCUCCGACGACAUCAAAGGCAGAAACUCUCAGGUGACUCACCCGUCGGGUCUCAGCCUUCCCAGGGAGCACAGAGGAAGGAGCUCUCGCUAAAGACACUGCGGUGAGAAGGCGGAUGCAGCCAAGGUCCUGGGCUUGCGCAUCGCCGAUGGGCGUCCCCAGAACACGGCAGACCCCGCCGUACUCCAGCCACAGUCCAGUCGACGUCCAGGCUACAGAUGGAGCUUCUGUUUGCUGUAAAUACGUGGUUUGCACGAGCUUUAAAGCAGCAUUUGAGCCGAGUUUUAUUUGAGUAAUAUUUUUUAAAAAAAUCCAUGUCCCCAUUUUUAAAAAUGUAUCUUGGCAUUCGUCUGUGAGUGCAGAUGGAGCCCUGUCGCCCCCAUAGCGUGCUUGAGGCUGGCCCCUCCUGGCUUUGGAACCCAUUUCGGAACUUCAUUUGCAGGUAGUCCCGAAGUCCUAGUGUCGGCAGCAGCUUCCUAUCAGCAUGCCCUCAUAUUCGCAUUGCACCCACUGCAAAACCAAACCAAACAAUGCCUUACAAACGAUGCAGCUCAGAGGAAGGAGCGUGGCGCCCAGGUGGCGCUGCGCGCCCCCGCGGCACUGCGCGCCCCCGCGUCUCACUUCCAUUGUGCAGAACAGGGGAGAUUUUUGCUGUCUAGUGUAAAUAGAUCGCAGCGUCCAGGCGCGAGGGGCCGGGGCCCCUCCAAUGCCGGCUGCAGGGCCCCUUUUGUAACUGAAUAGUCCUACGGUAGCCAACGCUCCUACUGUUUACAGUGUCCCUAGUGCCCGCGUCUCUGUCACUUUCCUCUGUCAUUUCCCCAUCCUGGUCGCCAGGGUAGGGUCUGCUUUAGGAGAGGCUGGUGAAUGGUUUUUUCUGCCCUGCCAGUGAAAAAACAUACACAGCUCAUUGUCCUAGUAACGCACAGAUUCCAUCUCAGCUCAGCCCCCGCUGCGCCCAUCCCGAGGGCAGAGUGACCACGGCAGGUAGGACCCGAGAAAGCACAGAGGGGAUCAUUCCUGAAACAGCUGCUUCAGGAUCCGUCAGGCGAAACCUAGCGCCCUUCCACAAGAGGUGGCUCUCGCCGGCUGGCGGCUCCCUGUUCCCGGGGAGGCCAGGGCGCCUGAACGUGGAAGAGUCAGGUGGGCCGGGACUGCCAGCAAGGGAGUGGCAGCGUGGUUUUGCUGGAUGCCUGACCCCAAAUUCUGCCUGUCCCAGGUGGGUGGGGGAGGGGGAGACGCUGAGGCUGAGUCCAAGGGAAUGAAAGGAAACAGACUGACCUUUGGGCUGUGCCCAAAAUACCUUUCCAGGGAUGAAACUGAAGAGGGAGAGGGGGGAGAAGGAAGAAUAAUAAAAUCCCCUUUGGAGCGCCCACAGCUGAAGGGUAUCAGGCCCAGAGCCUGCCAUGCAGAAAAGACAGCCAGUUGGGAGGGCUUGGCUGACGUGACUGUGUCCAUGCAGCCAUCGUCAGGGGGAGACUAAGCUUCUGCCUUGCGCCAGCGCUGUGCUCUCAUUCCACACAGAGGCAGCCAAGCCAAGGUCAAGUUUCCACCUCUAGGGACUGACUCGGGCUGAACUGCAACAGCUCAAUCAGCAGAAUAGGCGCCCCUGCAGGGCACCACUCUGUGCCCAACUGAUGCGGGGUCUCGGUUCUGGAACGUUUCCGAAAGGUCAGAAUCUCCUUACUCUGUGUCCACUCCAGCUCCCUCCCAGUUGUGUAAAAUAAUCUAAGGUGUCCAUGAUCAUGGUUAACAAGGCCCUAGGCAGGUACAUCUUCAAAAUAGACUGCCCCCCGUCCCCAUAAGGCAGAUGCGCAUUUGGGGUCCAAACCGCUGGGAUUAAAACUAAAAGUUGUUCAAGGACAGAGGGAAGGAAUGAGCAGAAACCAAAAACGGCAAUGAGGGAGAAAUCUCAGGAAUUUGGUAUCCCAUCUGUCCUCGACUCGGGCCGAGUCACAUGGCCCUGGAGCCGUGCAGGUGCGCGGGGUUCCCUCUGGCAGUGUCGGGGUUCACCCUUGACUGUGAACUCACAUCAGAGCAUGUGAGUCACAACGUCCCCGCCAUCCUCAUGUGUCCGGCACCAGAGUCUGUGCCGCCCCCGCUGUUUCACCUGUGUGUAUUUAUUGAUGUCUCCCUCUGCAGAUCCAUUUCUUUGUACCUAAUAAACUGUAAUAAGUGGAAA